AAUUAUUCAUUAUUUGCCAAAAUUUAAUAUCGGGGGUAACCCCUAAUUGGUAUAUAAAGGCCCACUUACCAAAAACCAGUCAACACAGUUGCUUCGUCAAUCCUUCAAGCAUCAUCAUGAAAUUUCUGGUUUGCGCAUUACUGCUGACAUCUGCAGUCCUUGCAGAAGAAUCCUCAAAAUCGAAACGUGGCCUCAUCUUAGGCGAGCAUUUGGGACAUGACACCCUUUCCUUCGGGGGCUUAGAGGGCGGUCUUGGACUGCAAGGUGGCAUUGGAGUCGGGGGUGGUCUUGAAGAGGAACACCACGGGCACAUCCACCACAUCACCCUCCACAAGAAGAUCCCAUACCCAGUACCACACCCCUACCCAGUGCACAUCGAGAAGAAAGUACCAUACCCAGUUAAAGUGCCAGUACCAGUGAAAGUUGACAAGCCUUACCCUGUACAUGUGCCUGCACCUUACCCAGUCCACAUUGACAAGCCUUACCCAGUCAAAAUCGACAAACCAUACCCCGUCCCAGUGAAAGUACCAGUCAAAGUACCAGUACCAGUCAAGGUUCCUUUCCCAAUUGCCAAGCCUUACCCAGUGCCCAUCCACAAGCCAGUCCCUGUCCACAUCCCUGAAAUCAACAUCGUCAAGAAACCAGUACCUGUUUUCGUCAAGGGACACCACGAAGGAUUCUCUGAAGGUUUGGGAGAGAGCGGAUUGUCGUCUCUUGGAGGAGGACUCCAAGGUGGAUUUAUCGGAAGCGAAGGGUCGUCUCUAGGAGGCGGAAUCGGUCUUUCCAGCGGGGAUGAGUUUGUACAUCACCACCAUCAUCAUUAUAUUUUCCUCGCCUUCUUAGGCUUCUCCCUCGCUCAGGAAGCCCAAGAAGAGAAGAAACACACCAAACGCGGCAUCGAGUUCGGCGGUUUCGAAGGCGGCUUCGAAUUCGGGGGCGGCGAGGAGUUCGGGGGCGGCCAUGGCCACCAUGAACACCACGAACACAUCAAGACCAUCACCAUCACCAAAAAAGUGCCCUAUCCGGUGCCACACCCCGUACCUUACCCUGUUUACAAGCAUGUACCUUACCCUGUGAAAGUACCAGUCAAGGUACCGGUGCCCAAACCGUACCCGGUCCAUGUACCCAAGCCAUACCCCGUCAUUGUCAAGAAACCAUACCCUGUACCUGUCGAAAAACCAUACCCUGUACCUGUCAAGGUCCCAGUCAAGGUGCCAUACCCCGUCAAAGUACCUGUACAUGUGCCCAAACCUUACCCAGUCCAUGUACCUGUCAAAGUACCAGUCAAGGUUCCCUACAUCGUUGAAAAGAAAGUCCCGAUCUACAUCAAGGAACACCACCAUGAACACCACGACUUCGGAGGACACGAAGGCAUUGAAAGCAUUGGAGAAGGUUUCGAAUUCUCACAUGAACUUCACUAAAUUCUUGUUUUUUGUUACAGAUAUUCUAGUUGCUCAAUCCAUGAAUGUUACAUGUGAUAUUAAAUAGUUAUAGUUGAUUCUGUAACCCUUGUUGAGAUUAUAUUUUUCUAAUUGAAUAAAAUGUUGAAAAAAACAAAA